CGUAAGGCACAGAACAGAGCGGCACAAAGGGCGUUUCGUGAACGAAAGGAAAAGCAUUUACGCGAUUUGGAAGGCACGAUUCGACAGUUACGAGAGCAGCGAAAUAGUGCCCUUAAGGAACUACAUCAGACCAAGAGCAAGAUGGACGCCUAUCGUGCAGAGAAUUGGUAUCUCAAG